AUGAAUGAUCGGAAGUAUUUGUUACGAAAAGGACAACCAUCUUCGCAGUCAAAUGAUGCGAAUAUCUUUUCAUCUUCAAGUCAAUGUUCACUUACUUUUAAAAAAAAUAGCUUUGAUCCAGAAAAACCAGUCCAUGUUGCGCAGAAUUCACUGUUCAGUGGGAAUUCCGGAUGGAAGGAUUACCGAGGACUUUUCAAUCUUGCAGUUCUUCUGCUAUUCGUAUCAAAUGGCCGUCUUGCUCUUGAAAACCUCAUGAAAUAUGGAGUGCUGAUAUCACCAACUAGUUGGAUUUACUUCAUUUUAACGGAUCCGUGGUGGAAAUGGCCUAAUCUGGCAUUGGUGAUAAUGUCGAACAUAUCCAUUUUCAUUGUCUUUGUUGUGGAAAAAUUGAUAGCGUGGAAGUGGCUUAGCAGUCAGUCGGCUUUCGCUUUCUACUUGUGUAUAUUCUCAUUGCAUAUAUUUCUACCUGCUGCAGUUACUUGGAUUUUGCAGAGUUAUCCAUUAUAUUCAUUGUUUUCACUGUCGGUGUAUGUAAUACUUUUUCUGAAGCUCACCUCAUAUGCUCAUACAAACUACUGGUAUAGGUGUAUGAAUACGAAGAACAGAAAUCUUAAGAAAAAAGCUCAGCUAACAUAUCCACACAAUUUAACACUACAAAAUUUAUACUACUUCAUAUUUGCUCCAACUUUAUGCUACGAAUUGCAAUUUCCACGAACAAAUGGACGAAGAAAGUCAUUCAUUGUGAAACGAACUGCUGAGUUUGGUUGUCUGACACUGAUCAUAAUAGCGUUAUGCCAACAAUGGAUAGCGCCUCUAUUACGUAAUAGCGUGGAGCCAUUUACAACGAUGAAUUUUAGCUUGUGCAUCGAAAGAGUUCUUAAAUUGGCUGUGCCAAAUCAUAUAAUUUGGCUCAUUUCAUUCUAUACUACUUUCCAUUCUCUGCUCAAUCUUAUUGCUGAAUUAAUGGAAUUCGCCGAUAGACAAUUCUAUUUAGAUUUCUGGAAUGCAGAAACUUUGGCAUUAUUUUGGAAGACAUGGAAUAUACCGGUUCAUCGCUGGGCUCUUCGACAUAUUUAUCGACCAAUGGUAUUUAACGGUUUUAGUAAGAUGAAUGCUGCUUGCGCCGUUUUCUUCGUAUCUGCAUUUUUUCAUGAGUAUCUCGUAUCAGUUCCACUUCAUAUGUUUCGUUUUUGGGCAUAUCUCUGUAUGAUGGCACAAAUACCUCUCAGUAUUUUUACCGAAAAAGUGCUGAAAGGUGGUCGUCUUGGAAACAUCGUUAUGUGGUUAUCGUUAAUUCUUGGUCAGCCUUUGGCCAUUUUGAUGUAUGUACAUGAUUGGUAUGUUGCACAGUAUCCUCAUUCAUCGAAUUAUGUCAAUACAACCACACAGUUUUAA